CCAAACUAUUUCUAGAACUUGUGUCUCAGAGAUAUCAAAUCUAGGCUGACCCGAAACGCCCUUCUUUUAUCGUUGCAAAUCUAUAACGAAGAUCUUGGUCGGCCCACCGCCCAUCCGAUCACAUGCUUUUGGGAGGGGCGCUGGGGGGUCUUUAAAAGAUGCUUCAGUUGUCUGAAAGAGCAAGAUCUACUGAGCAGCACAGGACAAUCUAGAGUCGGCACAAUGGUUCAAUGGACAGACUUCGAGCGCGCCGCCAUCCAGGACGUCUUCUCCAAGAUGGACUACGAGACAGUGGGCCCUGAGACUCUUUCCAGGUGUCUGAUCGUCUACCCCUGGACUCAGAGGUAUUUCGGUAACUUCGGAAACCUCUACAACGCCGAUGCGAUCAUGGGAAAUCCACUUGUUGCAAAACACGGAAUGACUAUCAUGCACGGUCUGGAGCGAGGUGUGAAGAACAUGGACAACCUGAAGCAAACCUACGCCGAGCUGAGCGUGCUGCACUCUGAGAAACUGCACGUAGACCCCGACAAUUUCAAGCUCAUCUCCGACUGCCUGACCAUCGUGGUCGCUUCUCGGAUGGGCAAAGCCUUCACUUGUGAAGUCCAGGCGGCUCUCCAGAAGUUCAUGGCCGUGGUGGUGUCCUCCCUGAGAAGACAGUACCACUAGAGAGCUGCAACAGAAGACCCUCACAAGCGCAUCAUGAAAAGAUCUGUGUUUUUGUUUCAAAGCAAAUAAAAAUAAUAAGCAAAUCCAAGUUGUUUCCCUUUGAGUCCUGUGUCCCCCAAUUUGGGGUCAAUUUUGACAUUGUGGUUAAACUGUGUAAAACAUUAUAAUAAACAUGAGCAAAUAUAAUGACGUUGUACAUCAAAUUAAAGAACACAACAUCUUCUGUAAGAAUCAGUAAGCCACUAAAGCACAACUCAAACACCAACUAAAAUAAUCCUUAAAUGAUCAGAAUCAGAAUUGUGUCAGGAGUCGCCACACUGAGCAUG